AUGGCUGAUUCACCGUCAUCCGACGACAGCUCGCAAGGCUCCGUAGACGAGUUCACCACCACCACCACCACCACCACCACCACCCAGGCGGUCGCAAAACCGCCUGCGCUCAAGGACAAGGAAUGCCCGUACUGCCACCAGCACUUCACCUCGUCUUCCCUCGGCCGGCAUCUAGACCAGUUCAUCUCCAAGAAAAAGGCCGACGGUGUCCACGAUGUCGAAGAGAUCCGCAGGCUGCGCGGGGGGAUCACGCGGCGCACCGCCAGAGGAUCGCGAAAGGAGAGAGACAAGAAGGACCGCGGCGAGACAGUGUCGUCCUCACAGGCGUCUCCGGGUCCAUCAGGGAUUCACUCGGACGCCGCCGCAGGGCAGGUCAGCGGAAGCGACCUGAACAGAGUACCGCCCAGCGGAAUACACAUAAGGUUGAACAGACUGAACUGGCAGUCGACCGGGGUGAUCACGGACCCUACCACCCUGGACUCGCCGGUGUCUGUGAUGCCUCCUACGCCAGCAGCGGGGUUGGCGAGCCCGUCUGGAGGAGUCAAACGCAGCUUCUCGACCUACGCGCAGGAUCUCGGGUCUGCCGGGGGGUCUAACAACAAUGCAGACACGACGCGAGCGCUGGAGCUGGCGCUGCGCGAGGUGCUCGAUUCUCUGCGCGCCGCCACCAAACACGCCUCUCCUACGCCGUCACCGUUCAAAUUCGACGUCCAGUCCCAGACGUAUCCGUCGCUGUGUCUAAAGAUGCUUCCCGCGCCGGCCACGCUCUUCCAGGCGUCGCCUUUCGCCACGCCGCAGUCGAUCCCCAUCGCCCCGCCCGGGCCAGACCAGCUGCAGCCGCUGCGGCAGAAGCUCACCAUGGCCAUCGACUUCUGGAAGUGGCAGGCGCUGCGGCUCGCGCAACCGACCACCUCCAACAUCGCGGAAGAGGCGGAUUUCCUGAGCCGCAGCGCGGCGCAGUGGAGCGAGUCGACGCUCAACCACCUCGAGACGUGCUACCAGAACUGGAUGGUGCAUCCGAUCGAGGUGCGCACUCUGCUGUGGCAGGUCGAGCUGCUGCGCUCGUACAACAGCGAGCAGCAAAGGGUGGCCGAACUCGAGGAAAAGCUGGAGACUCUGCAACAGGAAACGAACCAGCUGCAGCAGCAGGUCGAGUACCUGUCCCGGUGCCAGUGGCCGAGGGAGAUGGCGCUGUGGCCGCCGGAGCGGAGGACGUUUGGCGCGGCGAUGCGCGAAGAGCUGCGGCUGAUGAACCUGAACAAGAUCCCCGGGGCCGAAGAAUACAGCAACAACAGCAUCCAGCUUCCCGAGAGUGUCUACGCGAGAGGCGACAAGUGGGACUUCGACAAGCUGGUCAACAAGUGGAAGACGCAUCUCAAAGAAGACAAGAACAGGAGGAUUCCUGCGUCGUCUCACAUGUCGGCGGUGGAUUCCGGAGCGAAACAGGCGACGACGCCAACGACGACAACGGGGACAACGGGGACCGAGCUGAAACGGGCGCAGACCGACCCGGGCAAGAAUCCCUCUGCGAGUGUGACUAUGAAUGGACUGGCGAACGGGCAGUCACCCAAUCUCAACUCGACCGGAACUCCUACCACCGCUGCCGCCGAUGAUCACAGGAGGAAAGGUACGAUGACGAGUACCAGCACGACGAGGAGCCUUCCGAAGGGAAAUGUCAAUAUCAAUCUAGUCUCUGAUUUUUGA